GCCGCCUCUGCGCCGCGAGAGGAAGGCAGCGAACUCGGCGUCGGCGGCAGUGCCUCGCAGAGUCUGACGCUCGGCGUCGCCUCCGAGGUCCUGAGAAUUGAGCGGGGUCAGCUCCGGCACAGGCACGCAUCUCUACAUCACUCACCAUGCGUCCCACGGGCUCCUCUUCGUACGAGUACGGGAAGAGCUCGAGCGAGCCGCGCGACGGUCGGUGCUGCGAUGGCGAGGCAGAGGCAGGCGAGGCGCCCGCCUCGGCCUCGCCCUCGCCGGCGGCAGCGUGGCCGCGCGAAGGGGCGCCGAUGCUGCCACUGCCGGCACUGCCGCUGCCGCCGCCCGGCGUGCCACGCCCGCUGCGUGUGCCCCGCCCGAGCCCUACGCUGCCCGCCGGACUGCUGUUGUCCGUGUCGUACGCGUGCGGGCGCGCAAAGAGCGGCCGUGCGCCCGUCGAGAUCGGCGCGGCAGCCAAGCCUCCGCGCGAGGCCGGCUCGGCGACAAUGGGCGGCCCGCUGAGCGGACUGCGCGCAAAGUUCGGCGAGCUGGCGUUCGCGAGAGCAGCGCCGUCGCCGCCGCUCGGCGUUGCGCCAGCGCCCAUGGCGGCGCCGCCUUCGCCGGAGCCCGGUGCAUUGACCGAGGCAGACAUGCGGCUCAGCAGCUCGUUGAUCUGCGAGCGCGAGAGCGGCUGGCUGCUCGGGGCGCUGGUGCUUGCUUGCCGUGCGCGAGAGGCUCCCGGCGGGCCGCCGCGCCGAGCAAAGCUGCCGCUGCCAAGCCCGCUGGAAGCAGGAUCGACGGCCGUCGACGACCCGCCAGAGCGAGGCAGCUCAGGGCGCGCAAGGCCCGGCGAGGCCUGCGGCACAGACCGCGCCCACGUCGAUGUAGGCGCCUCGGCACGUCCCAGGGACCGCGACGAUGCUGCCCGGGCGAAACGCACUGCCAGCACUCGAGCCGUACUGGGCCGCAUAAUUCUGCCUGGCCUCAAUGCGCGACUGCCAGCUGCGCGAGUACGUGGCGUCGGCGUCGCCGCUCGUGCUGUCGACGCUGGCGCCCGACGUAUACGUGCGCGCCUGGCGAUACGAGAACGUGCUGCUGUAGCGCUUGAUCAUCUGCGGCGCCACCGUCGGCUGCGUGCUGCCCGAUAGCGUGCGCGAUGCGAUAGGCCGGCUGCCCUCUGGCUCUUCGCUGACGGGGCUGCUCGGCUUGCGCACGCCGGCGGCAAAGGCAUCGGCAGUGAUGCGCGGGGAGCUGCGCGGCAGAGAAGCCGUCGGAGACGUGGCCGACAGACUCGGCGCGUACGUCUGGAACACGCUGCGCAAGCUCGACGUCAUACCGCCUGCGCCUGCAGCGCCAAACGAGGAG